AUGCCUCCAAGGGUGACGGCGCCUCUAGAAAGAGAAGCGGCAGCACGGCCGAGAGAGGGAGAGGGUGGAGGAGAGCGACAAGAGGAGGCGCGUGGGCUCGGGAAGAGAGAAGAGGGUGCAGCAGAAGCAGUGAAAGCAGAAGAAGCAGUGAAAGCAGAAGAGACGGCAAAUGCAGCAGGAAGCGUGGGAGCGGAGAGGAGGAGAAGGAAGUCGGAGGAAGGGGGGCCGAUGGUGGUCACUCUGAGACUGAGAGGUUCUCGGCAGGAAAGACAAGGCGCUGUUGCUCCUGGGAUUCGGAUUCAGCAGCAGCCGCCGCAGCAGGAGCAGGAGUGGCAGCAGCAGCAGCGGCAGGCGGAAUGUGAGUUACAGGAGCAGCCAGAGCAAGCAGAGAAAACGGAGAGAACGGAGCCUGGGGCGCUGACUGGGGUGGACGUGUCUGGUCUUCAGGCGAUAGGGGCGAGGCGGAAGCGGGAAGGGAGGAGGAAGGGCCGCGGGGAGGAGGCGCAGGGGGAAUUUGAGGGGAGAGUUGUGGGGACGGUUGAGAAGGGGGUCGAGGAGUUAAGUGGAAGUGAGGCGGAAGUUGGGUGUGGGGAAGGGGAGGGAAAAGAGGGAGGGGACGUUCGUGCUGGUGUUGCUCCUGCUGCCGCUCUCCCGUCCACUCUCCCAAACCCCCCGUCUCUUCUUGGGGAUUCGCCUGCAGCAGCAGCAAGGAGGAGGCAGCAGCAGAGACUUCAGCAGCAGCUUCAGGAGGUGCGGUAUGGGUUACCUGAAGCAGACUGUAACGAGGAUGUGAAGUUUUGUAGAGGCGCUGACGUCGGCACAGGGGCGGCUGAGGCUGGUAGGGAGGGGAGAGCUGGUGGAAACCUUGAUGGGGGAAUUGAGUUGGACGAAGGUGGGGGUGAUAGUUCAUUUGAAGGGGAACAGAGGCAGCAGAGGGAGCAGAGGCAGCAUAGGAAGCAGAGGGAGCAUAGGAAGCAGAAGGCACAGCGGGAGCAGAGGGAGAUGGUGAUUCAUGACGAGAAAAUGGGGGAUCCUUGGGAGUUGGAAGGCGGUGAAGGGGUGCCUUUACAGGCUGGUAGUAGGGAGAAGCAGGGGCAGGAGCAGAGGCAGGAAGAGAAGCCGAAGCAUGCUCGCAAAAGGGAGAAAGACGAGGGGGAGGAGAAAAGGGAGAGGAAAGAAAAGGGGAGGAAAAGGCGAGUUAGUGAAGAAGAUGUGAUAGGGCGGAAGCGAGGACGGGGCAUGGAGGAGGCGUCGAUUGCGGUGAGGGGGAGGGUUAGAGGGGCAGCAGGAGGGGUGGAGGAGGGAAGGGAGGGAAGAGAGGCAGAAGAGGCGAAGGGGGAGGCAAGAGUGACCAGGAGUAGGGCUGCCAGAGCAGAUGGGGAUCUAGUGCUUGGAUGCUUGGGGAUGAUGCGGAGAAGGGAGGAAGAGAGGGACCGGUUGGUGGGGAUAAUACAGGCGGUGAAACAGGAGAUGGUGGUAAAUUCACAACUAGGGUUGGUUCUGGAGGUGCUGCUAAAUCUGUUGCAUGGAUGGGCCAACAUGGGCCUUCUGAAGCUGUGCCGAGGAAUGGUGGAGUAUUGGCAUUGGAAGAAGACCUGUGUGAUGCACCUGUAA